AUGGCAGAACAUAGCCCAAGCCCUAGUCCCGAGGGAACACUGGCCGACCCCGCAGAGAAACAUCCCAAAGAUCCCCCGCAGGAUCUCGACCUGGAGAAAACUACCACCACCGCCGAGUCCGUGCUAGGACAGCCCGCAACGCGGCAGGCCAUCCCAGAAACCGACCUCGAUCGCGGGAUUGUCGGCUGGGAGGGCCAGGAAGACCCGGCGCACCCCCUGAACUUCCCCUCGUCGCGGAAAUGGACCCUGCUGGGCUUCGUGAGCGCCGUCACCUUCAUCUCGCCCCUCGCCUCUAGCAUGUUCUCGCCCGCUUUGAAGUCACUGUCGGAAGACUUGGGCGUCACGGACCAGACACUGCUGUCGCUGAGCAUCGGCCCGAUGCUGCUCGCACCCCUCAGCGAGAUCUACGGUCGGAGACUCAUCUUGAGUUGUGCAAAUUGGUUCUUCGUUGUCUGGCAGAUCGGAUGCGCCCUAGCGCCGAAUAUCGCCUGCUUGAUUGUCUUCCGCUUCUUCGCUGGGAUGGGCGGCUCUGGCUGUAUCACCCUGGGCGCGGGUGUCAUUGCGGACCUCUUCCCCGUCCACCAGCGCGGUGUGGCCACAUCUAUCUGGAGUAUGGGCCCAUUACUAGGUCCUGUUGUUGGUCCGAUCGCCGGCGGCUUUGUUGGCCAGGCUCUGGGCUGGCGCUGGGUUUUCUGGAUUCUGUUAAUCGCCGGCGGCGCCCUGUCGUUAAGCAUUGAGAUAUUCAACAAGGAGACAUAUGCGCCGGUCCUUAUGCGCUGGAAGACGGCGAAGCUCGCGAAAGAUCUGGGUCGAAACGACAUGCGCAGUGCUUAUGACCUGGAGGGCCGCGGCGUGUCGGUGGCCAGUGCCCUCAAGCUCGGCAUGAAGCGCCCCAUGGUGCUCUUGUUCAGGUCCCCGAUAGUCCUGUUCCUCGCAAGCUAUAUGGCUCUCAUAUAUGGCCUUCUCUACCUGUUCUUCACGACAAUCCCCACCGUCUUCGAGAAUCAAUACGGCUUUUCGCCCGGCAUCACGGGCCUUGCAUAUAUCGGUAUCGGAGUAGGAUUCUUCUCAGGCCUGAUGACCACCGCUCUGACGAGCGAUAAAGUCCUGAUGAAGCUGGCGGCGCGCAACGGCGGCAAACUCGAGCCCGAGAUGCGUCUGCCUGCGCUUGUGUUCUGGGCGUGCCUGCUCCCGAUUAGCUUCUUCUGGUAUGGAUGGACAGCCGAGAACAAGGUGCAUUGGAUUGUACCUAUUAUCGGAAUGGCUCCGUUUGGAAUCGGCAUGAUGGGCGUGUAUAUGCCUAUCCAGAUCUAUACCAUCGACUGCUAUCCCGCGUAUGCCGCCUCUGCGAACGCGGCUUUGACAGCAUCCAGAUCGCUAGUUGGGGCAUUGCUACCGCUUGCUGGACCCAAGAUGUUUGAUACCCUCGGUCUGGGUUGGGGUAACUCUUUGCUCGGAUUUAUAGCAUUGGCGUUCGUGCCGAUUGCCAUCUUGCUGACGCGAUAUGGGAAGAAGAUCCGUGAGAAGUUUCAGGUUGACCUUGAAUCCUAG